GUCUGUGUCGGCAGAGAGAGUAUUGUCGAACCAACUGUUCGGCGUUUAAUGUUUAUGUACGUCUCAUGAUACAGUGACACGAGAAGCUAAAGGUAUAGUCGUGUUAAACUUUUUUCAAUCGUUUUCUCACUGUUCAAAUAUGGUCAACGACUGGUCACCAGAACCGCCGAGAGAAGCGGAGGAAGUGUCAUGUAAUAAUUCAGAAAUUGCGCCCUUUGGCUUAACUAGCUCAGACAGCGAAGAUGACAGCGUUCAUCCUGAUGGUUAUGAACCAUUAACUAAUAUGGCACUUGAAGAAGCAGAGAACGAAGUGACUGAUACCGACUCCUUUGGUGGUGACACUGAAUGGUUUGAGCAGCAGAAUGGUGAUGCGGAAAUAGAACUGUCAAGAGAUUUAUUGCCACAAGCAAGUAAUGGCAGCAUCUCACAGCUUUGGGCUGGCCCAGCGAGGGACAUUGCGUUGGGAACAGAGGGAGCGGCCGCUGUUCGAGCUGCCAUGGAGGGCUUCAGCCUGCCUCCAACUGCAGUGCCUGCUUGGGCAUCCACCGUUCCAGAGGAGCAGUGGACAGAUAUGCUGCGGCAACGGAUUACGACCUUGCAGCAGCACCGACAGCAGCGACAGACACAGGAAGAGUCACCUUCUGUUUGAGUGUCAGUGUGUAAAAGUGUUUGACUGAGAGACCACAGUGUGCAAGAUUCUGAACUCUAUAAGUGAAGCUUUUAAUGGAUGCUCAUUCUAUAGAAAUGUUUGCUGUUCUGGACUUUUAUUGCUUCCUGUAGAGUUGGCUCAGGUGAGCAACCUGAGGGACUGAUUUUAUUUUAGUUUUACAAAUACUGGUUGUUUGCAGACAGCUUUGCGAACAGACUGUGCAAAUAAGCUGUAUACACCGAGUAGUAUUUAGAACCUUCUCUGACCAAUCAUUCAUUAUAUUCCAUGUUACACAAAUAAAAUUGGUGAAUAUAUUGUAGUGUUUGGUCCAAAUAUUUAAAAUAAGAAAUCUAAAGAAAAACUGGCAGUUCAGUAUUUAUGUCUGAAUGCUUGAGUGAACAUAAUUAUGGUUGAAAUUCUCAUACUGUACUGAAUGCUAGAAGUUGUUGGUAUUGCCAUUUUGUCAUGCGUGAGGAAAAGGGGUAGAAAACAUUUUUUAUCCAGACAUAAAGUAGAAAACCAUCAUGCCUCCUUAAAUGUGUUAAAUAAUACAAUAAUAUUUUUCUCUUGAAGUUUGGAAGGUGGGAGACGAGGUACUGGCAGAAGUAAAGCUGUGAGUACCGGGCGUGAGUCGUGCUUCGGUAGCUCAGAUGGUAGAGCACUUGCCCGCGAAAGGCAAAGGUCCCGAGUUCGAGUCUCGGUCGGGCACACAGUUUUAAUCUGCCAGGAAGUUUCAUAUUUUUCUCUUCUUUCUUCCUCUGCGUUAAACAAAUAGUAUCAACAUUUUGUCAUACAGUUGUCAUCAUAUGUAGUUAGGAUUAUUUAUCACUACUUUGGACAAAUUAGAUGUCAUAAUUUAUUUAUGAGCAGAAAUAAUUUCCUGCUAUAUUAAUACA